UGUUGUCUACCCAGAGAAAUAGUAUGUGCACACUUAAAAGACAUCUAAUAGAAUUUAAAGUGCACUAGCCAAACAUUGGACCAUCUGGAACUCUGUACUGUUGGGGACUUUUUGAGAACGGCGCUUAUCUUUGUAGAGAUUGUUUGCUGACAGUCCUACUGUGCCCUGAGUCUAAGAUAACAACCUGCCAAGUUAGGGGUUCUCUUUCUCUUUCAUUAUCGCUCUCUGUUUUUCUUUCUCUCUCUCACACACAAUAACAUGACAUUCACACCGCAGGAAAUUUCUAUUACCAGAAAGAUUGAGACUUGAGAGAAAGAGAUGGGGAGCAAUUGCUCCAAAGGGAGGAGAGAAGAUAGGGACACAACCGCUUUCUCCAAAAAUAAAAGUUUGUCUUGGAGAAGAAAAAAGGGGAACACUGAAGGGAGGAUCUCAGAGGACAACAGUCUCAUCGGUGGAGAAACGACCUGUCAACAAAGUCUUCCUAGCCAACAAUCCCCGUUCUCCCCAGCAUACAAUCCCCAGUUUUCCCUCACAGCUGAGGGUGGAAGCAAUCUAUGUGCCCCAGUGAUCAACAAUAAUGAAGUAGGAGGUAGCAUCAACAUCACUCAGAACAUCACUCAGAACAUCAUUCAGAACAACGAUGACUCCUCCCAGGUUGCACAAUGCAGUGACACACAAAAAAAACUCAUACAGAGAGUUAAAGAGGAACAUAAAGCCAGUCUGAAGAAUAAGUUUAAGUUUGUGUUUGAAGGCACUGAAGAGGAAGAAACUUCCCUGAACAGCAUCUACACACAGCUCUAUAUCACACUGGGAGAGAAUGAAGGAGUUAAUAAAGAACAUGAGGUUUGGCAGAUUGAAUAUACAUCCAGGAGAGAAACAUCGUCAGACACUCCAAUCAACUCUAAUGACAUAUUCAAACCCUUAGCUGGACAAGAGAACGAAGAGAAGAGACCCAUCAAAACUGUGCUGACAAAGGGCAUUGCUGGCAUUGGAAAAACAGUCUCCGUGCAGAAGUUCGUCCUUGACUGGGCCGAAGGAAAAGCCAAUCAGGAUUUGGAUUUCAUCUUUGUGCUCCCUUUCAGAGAGCUGCAUUCAAUCAAAGAUGAUGAAUUAAGUCUUCAUGGACUUAUAAAUGACUUCCACCCUGAACUUACAGAGAUAGAAAACGCAAAGAUAUAUGCUACGAGCAAAGUUCUGUUCAUCUUUGAUGGUCUGGAUGAAAAGCGACAUCCACUAAAAUUCAACACCAAGAGGGUGACUGAUGUUACAAAGACAGGUAACAAUGUAGAUGUAUUGGUGACAAACCUCAUUGAGGAGAAGCUGCUUCCCAAAGCUCUGAUCUGGAUAACCUCUAGACCUGCAGCAGCCAAUCAGAUUCCCCGUAGAUACAUCAACCUGGUGACCGAAGUACGAGGGUUCGAUGAGCGACAGAAAGAGGAGUACUUCAAGAAGAGGGUCAAGAAUGGGGAAGUGGCCAGAAGAAUCAUUGCACACAUUACAACAUCAAGAACCUUCAAAAUCAUGUGCCACAUACCAGUCUUCUGUUGGAUUUCCGCUAAGGUUCUUGAGGAACUGUUGAGAGAAAAUGUGAAUGGAGAAAUCCCUACAACUCUGACUGAGAUGUACACUCACUUUCUGCUCAUUCAAAUACAACUGGCACAAAAGGAUCCUGGGCAUGAGAGAGAUAAACAGAAGAUCUGGGAAUCAAAUAAAGACUUCCUUCUGAAACUGGGAAAGCUAGCGUUUGAACAUCUGGAGAAACGCAAUCUCAUGUUCUAUGAGGAAGACCUGAAUGAAUAUGGCAUUGACAUCAGUGAAGUUGCAGUCUACUCUGCGUUGUGCACAGAAAUCUUUAAAGAAGAGAAGGUGUACAAAAAGAAGGUGUACUGCUUCAUGCAUCUGACCAUUCAGGAGUUUGUUGCUGCCCUCUUUGUUUUCCACUGUUUCACAACCAAGAGCCUCAAGACGUCAUCAAGCCUCAAGUCUUUCCUGAUGGAAGGUUCAGAACCAUAUCUCAAAGCUAUAUUGGAGAAGGAGCCUGUAGACCUUCCCUUGGAUGAGUUGAUGGAGAUUGCCAUGUACAAUUCUGUAUCUAGAGAAAAUGGAGAGAUGGACAUGUUCCUCCGCUUCCUUCUUGGAAUGUCUAUGGAAUCCGUUCAGUGCCUCCUACAAGGCCUGCUGCCAAAGACAGAGAACAGUUCAGAGAUUGUUAAAGAAAUGAAGAUAAUACUUAAGGAGAUGGAUCUAAUGGAUGUCUCUCCUGAGAGGUGCCUCAAUCUCUUCUCUUUGACUGAAGAAGUUAAAGACAAUUCCCUACAUGAAGACAUUCAGAGAUAUCUGUCAGAAAAGGAAGCAGACAGCGAGCUCUCACCCGCUCAUUGCUCAGUACUGGCCUAUGUACUUCUGAUGUCAGAGAAGGUGUUGGAUGAGUUUGUCCUGAAGAAAUAUAAAACCUCCCAAAAGGGGUUUUUCAGACUUCUUCCAGCUGUGAGAAACUGCAGAAAGGCAAUAAUUGAAGGCGUUUAUCUGGAUAGAUGGUACUGUGCAACGUUGGCCUCAGCUCUCCAGUUACCAAACUCACCAUUGAGAGAACUGCACCUGAUAGAUUCAACCUGGCUGGAUUCAGAAGUGGAUGUGCUCUGUACUGGACUGUCUAGCCGAGACUGUAAACUGGAAGCACUGAGUCUCUGCGGGAAUGGACUCUCAAACGAGGAACGUGAUAAUUUGGUCUCCUCUAUGAAAACAGUUCUCAGCUGCAACCUGAGAGAGCUGGGCUUGAGUAACUUCACACUGCGGGAUUCUGUAGUUAAGGUACUCUCUACUGGACUAGGGAGUCAACACUGUAACCUGGAGAUACUGAGGCUGAAUCGAAAUACACUAACAGACAACUUCUGUGAAGUACUAGUCUCAGCUAUCAGCUCAAAUUCCUCUCAUCUGAAAGAGCUGGACAUUGUUCACUGUGACCUGAUCGAUUUAAGAGUGGAGCUGCUCUCCACUGGACUCAAAAGUCCACACUGUAAACUGGAGAAACUGAGGCUCUAUCAAUGUAAUCUCAAUAAGGAAAGUUGUGAAGCACUGGCGUCAGCCCUUCAGACCAUCCCCUCACACCUGAGAGAGCUGGAUCUGAGUAACAAUGACCUGAAGGAUUCAGGAGUAAAGCUGCUCUCUGCUGGACUGGGGAAUCCCCACUGUAAACUGGAGACUCUGAGCAAAGAGGCCCCUUCCAAUCAUUUUCAAUUUUGGCUUUGUUUGAAGUCCUUCUUUGUCAUCCCCAGACAAGCUGAAUGGUACCAUCUCCUGAGGCUGCCAUUCUGUAGAGUCACAGAGGAAGGCUGUGAUUCUCUGGCUUCAGCACUAAUGUCAAACCCCUCCCACAUGAGAGAGCUGGACCUGAGCUACAAUCACCCAGGAGACUCAGGAGUGAAGAUGCUCUCUGCUACGAUGGAAGAUCCAGCCUGUAGACUGAAAAUCAAUAUGGACCACAACGAAGAGUGCUGGGUGAAUCUGGAGCUGCUGAAGAAGUAUGCCUGUGAUCUCACACUGGACCCAAACACAGCAAACAGACACCUCUCUCUGUCUGAAGGAAACAGAGUGGUGAGAUAUGAGAUUGAGGAACAGCCAUAUCCUGAUCACCCGGAGAGAUUUUAUGGUGCUUUUCAGGUUCUUUGUAGAGAGGGUCUGACUGAGCGCCAUUACUGGGAAACGGAGUCAAGUGGUGACGUUGUUCUCGGAGUGACGUACAAAGGAAUCAAAAGAAGAGGCGACAUCAGUGAUGACUUUGCCAUUGGACACAAUGACAAGUCCUGGUGUAUGGAGGACAAAACACAUUUUUGUCAUAAUGGCGCAGCUAUUAAAUUCCCCCCCUUUAGGGACCCCUCCAGGCAUAGAAUAGGAGUGUAUCUGGACUGGCUGGCUGGCACUCUGUCCUUCUACACGGUCUUCUCUGACACAUUGACCCACCUGUACACAUUCCACACCACAUUCACUGAGCCCCUCUAUCCAGCUUUUGGACUAGCCGGCUGUAACCCUUGCUCAGUGUCCUUGUGCCAGGUAGAGUAGCCUUUUCGGGCCUGGAGGAACACCUGGGUCUCCAUGACAACAGUCACACACACCAUCCUGUUCUAACACAACCGUGUGACUUGAUAGCAUUGACAGUGGUCAUGAAUUCAGAUAUGGACAUUAAUAAAUCACAGUUGUGGGGAGAUGAUUAUAUUGUAUUCCUGUGACUGUACAGCCAUGCUCUGUUCUGUAAAACGCCUUUGACUUUGAAUACGAGAUAUUUUAUUGUUAAGUGUGAUCAAAUCAUUUGUAAAUAUUACUGGUUUGUUAAAUGUGUUGCAUCAUACAGGAAACAUAACACACCCGUCUCUGUCUGUGUACAGUUGGCCAGAGUUUCUCAAGAGAAAUAAAGACACUCAUUUAAUUUUA